UACUCUCUGCAGCCCAGCUUUAGAGUGACCCUCUGCUGCCGCUCUCUCUCCUCACGCAUUCUGUCCACUUCUCAACCACCACUGCCACCAUGAGCUACAGGUCCGAACGUAUGUCUUACGGGCAUUCAGCUCCGGCUUAUCGGGCUACCAGCGUCUACGGAGGUGCAGGGGGCUUCGGCGCACGGAUCUCCUCCUCUUCCUCUUCCAGCCUCCGCUCUGGGGCCCCUGGCGGGGGGAUCAAGGCCUCCUCAGCCUUCACCCAGCGGAGCUCGGCACCGGGAGCAGGGGGGAUGGCGUCCUCCCUCCAGGGGGGCAUGGGGCUGGCGUCGGGCAAUGAGAAGGGCCAGAUGCAGAACCUGAACGACCGCCUGGCGUCCUACCUGGAGAAGGUGCGCAGCCUGGAGCAGGGGAACGCCAAGCUAGAGGCCCAGAUCCGCGAGGUCCUGGAGAAGAGUGGCCCGGAGACCAGAGACUACAGCCGCUACAACGUCAUCCUGGACGACCUCAGGAAGCAGGUGUUUGAUAUGACUGUGGAUAACGCUCGACUGGUGCUGCAGAUAGACAAUGCCAGGCUUGCUACGGAUGACUUCAGAGUCAAGUAUGAAUCUGAGCUGGCCAUUCGUCAGUCUGUGGAGGGAGACAUUGCUGGGCUGAAGAAAGUGAUUGACGACACAAACCUUGGCCGUAUGAACAUCGAGAGCGAGAUCGAGUCCGUGAGAGAGGAACUGGCCUUCCUCCAGAAGAAUCAUGACAAUGAAGUAACAGACCUUACGAGGCAGAUCUCCCUGUCAGGCGUCCAGGUGGACGUAGACGCUCCAAAGGGUCAGGACCUCUCACAGGUCAUGGAGGGUAUCAGAGCCAACUACGAGAAGAUGGCCCUGAAAAACGCAGAGGAGCUGAAGAUGUGGCAUGAGAACCAGAUAUCCGAUGUGCAGGUUCAGGUCACCCAAAACACAGAGGCUCUACAGGGAGCACAGAUGGAGAAGAAUGACCUGAGGAGGCAAAUACAGACGCUGGAGAUUGAGCUGGCGUCACAACAGAGCCUGAAAGCAUCUCUUGACGAUACACUGCGGAACACCGAGCUGCGCUCCAACGCAGAUAUGGAGAAGUAUAACGACGUCCUCCGUCAGCUGGAGGCAGAGCUGGCACAGCUGAGGAUGAACGUCACGCAGCAGGGUCAGGACUAUGAGGCGCUCCUGAACAUGAAGAUGAAGCUGGAGGCUGAGAUCGCCACCUACCGCCACCUUCUGGACGGGGGAGACACCACACCUCCCCCUCAGCAGCCCUCUCAGCCACAACAGGGCAAGGGCAAGUCCAAGUUUAAUUUAACAGAUGCUCUGGGGGAGCUGGAAGGUCUGGAGGAGUGAAGUCACACACACACACACACACACACACACACAUACAGUAGGCCUAAGAGAGGAGACAACCACUGCUACAUCAAAGAGAGCCACCAAAUCAGUAAUGUCCUGUGAAGACAAUAAAUUUCUGUAUGGUAGAA